ACGCGAGAAGAAUUUAUGUGAUUAAAAAACUACAAGAAAAAUAGUGUUAAUGUGAAAUAAAUGUUUUAAUAAUAGCGGGGUAGCAUAUUUUAUAAGUAGAUUAUAGUGGUUAAGAAAAAUGGAAGUACUUUUACCAUCGGAAAUUGCUAGACUGGUUCUAGGCUAUUUAGAAGAAGAGAAAUGUGGAGAUGCCUACACAAAUUUCCUUCAAUCAUCCGAACAUUUAAAAGAAUGUUUUGAAUUUUCAAAACGGGGACGAAAAGUUCCUACAAAAGUUACUGGCAAAACGUUAAUGAAUAUACUCGAUGAUUAUUGUAAAACUUAUUGUAUCAUUCAAGAACAGUUAAAGAAAAUGGGGCGUAGCGAUGAUAAUGAACCAGAAAUGGUCAAUUUAUCUGAACAAUUACAAUUGUUGUUUGAGUCUAUGGAAUCAACAUCUCCUACCCAAACAAUGUUGUUUCGAGUUACAUUACCUAGUAGUUCUGGACGUUCAAACAGAGUACAAUCAAAAUCGGUGAGAAAUGAUCGAGGAAAACGUGCAAUCGCUCAUGUUGAAAUUGAUAACGGUAAUGAGGUAUCGGAUGAAAAUUGCAACGAAUGGUCAUGUGAAGAUAAUAUUGAUAAUUGUAACGAUGCAUUAGACGUCAAUACAACACCACUUGAAAGUUUACCAGGCAACGAAGGAUCGCCGCCGGUUUUGAAAAAUCGACGCAAAUCAAUAACCGUACACUUGGAGAAGAAUAUUGAUUCACCAGAGAAAUGCUUAGAUUUUAAUGUUGUUCAAAAAGCAUUUUUAGAUAAUACAGAAUUACAUGAAAAAAUAGCCCAGAAUAUCAAUAAAGUUAUAAAUACACCAGAAGUAACUAUUUUACAAAAUGAAAUUCACAAUGCCGGCAUAGAUUUGUUAAAUACGGGGCCUGGCAUUGAUAAAGAAUUGAAUUCAAUUAUUAAAACAAUUGUUAAAGAAACAGAAAACGAUCCUGCAUUUGAGAAGUUAAUCAAUGGAAUUGUGGUGGAAAAUCAAGAAGUUAGUGAAGAUUCAGAUAGCAGAUUGAAUUCUUGGAGUGAAAGUUCAACCCCACAACGUCCGAGUUCUAUACCAAGAGACAACGUUCUUCAACGGCGAAGGAUUCAAAAUACCGUUCGGUCACUACCAGAUUUACGUAAGGGGCAAAAAAGGACUGAAUUUACAUUAAAAAAUCGUUCAAGAUAUUUGAAACGGUCCUCAACCGAAUUACGUAAACAAUUUGAUACAAUGAGUAAAAUUGAUGACCAAAAUGAAGAAGCUAUACAAUCAAUUAUUCAAGUAACACAAAAUGCAAAUACAAAAGACAAUUCACAAAAAACUCAUCAGAGUACAAGUGAGAUCACAGAAACUUUAAUUCGACCGGAAAAUAAAAAAAUAAUAUCAAUGGAAGGUACCAUAGAAAAUGUCCCUAUGUCAACAUGUCAGCAAAAUGUAUCCACAGAACAUAAACAACUAUCAAUCAACACAUUAUCACCGAGUAAAUGUAUUAUGACAUCCAGUGCAAAUAAGCCAAUUACAUCAGUUUCUUGUCCUGAUUACGUAGUUGUUACACCGAAUCCAGAAAAUUUUACUGUUACCUCUUCUUCUUCAAAUUAUCAAAUAUUACCAUCUGCACUGAAUACUGCGCACAAUGUUCCACAAACAUAUAUUUUCAAUCAAGAAAAUUCAGCAACACCUUCGACAAAUGUUGCUCAAAAUAUAAUAGUCGUGCAACCACAAUAUUCUCAAAUCACCUCAUCAAGUUCGAAUACAUCAUCAAGUGCUCAAUCAUUUACAAUAAACCCGAAUAACCAGGAUAUUAUGCAAAUGCCAAUAGUAAUGUAUGCUGAUUCCGUAGAUUCUUCAUCAACUAUUCAAGCAACAAUGCCAAAUAUAGAGAAAAAAGUUCCUAGUACAAAGAAUACAAAUACACAAUUAAAAUAUCGUCCUAUUUUACCGAAUUAUCACCAACCAAUUAUAACUGUGCAUCCCUACUUUGAACCGGUUAAAGAACAAAUACCGAUUGUUGUUGAACAAAUUCAACCUGCAACCAUAACGUUGCCUCCAACUGUGAACUUGAUCCAAACGGUACAACCGUUAAAUGUUAGCGCAACCGUAGAGGACUCUAAAAGUUGCACUUCAAAACCAACAGAGAAUGAACAACCAACACCGGCAGUUGUUAAAUCAUUACAAACAGAAGAUAAUACGAUACAACAAAGUAAAGAAAACCAAGAAAACAUGCAAACAGAAUCCAAAGGUGAUGUAGUUCCUACUGUCACACCAACUGAAACAAUGAAAAGCAAUCGAUUAAGUUUAUCUACACCACGAAGCGGUCGAUCACAUAUUCGUGCAUUAGAUUUUUCCACUCCCACAAAAUCUGGAACGCAACGAAAAGCACUAACAUCUCCAAAAUCUAAAACUCAAAAUCAAUCAAGCAUUUCCAUUGCUAAAGACGCUCGCCUUAGUUUAUUUAAAUGUGAUGAUAAAUUAGAACCAAUUCCAGAAUCAGCGUCACUAUUUCGUCGAAAUGAUUCUCCAUCACCCCCAAGCUCAAAAAAUAUCGGAAUUGCUACAAGAACACCUACAGUAAAGCCAAUUGCUGAUUGGGAUCAGGUUGAUGCAAUGUUUCAGUCAAAAAGUCCAACAACUGAUGUUAGUAAAACGAAACGUAAUCGUAGUUUUUCAGAAUCAGACGCAUCACCGCAGAAAAUUGAAAAAACUGAAACAAUUCAAAAGAAACCAAUGGCAGGUGCUUGGGAUGCUGAUAUUCGAUCCCUAGUCUCAGCUGUGGAUAUUAACAUUACGAAAUCAGUAUCAAUUAAUCGUAAACGCGUUCGAAGGCGCGGAAAAUUAAAUACAUCAAAAACUAAAAUUUCUCCGGUUAAAAAGAGAAUAAAAAGAGAAUCGUCAACUACAUCCAAAACAAUAAUACCCCAAAACAACAAAACACCACCUCCACCUCCACCUCCACUUGAAAUAAUUGAAAAUAAAAGAGUUACAAGAAGCUCUAAUAAAAAAGAUAUUUCUACUGUCCCAAUACUUCCUACUACAACCAUCCGACGAGGUAGAAAGAAAAUUGAUAAGACACAAAACACUGAAACAAUUUCAAAAACAGAAACAGUUACCUCUGAACCAGUAUCCACAUCAACAAAUAAUGAUUUUUGGAUCAAUAAAAAUCAACCUACAAAAUAUAAACAAAAAUGUAAUCCAACUAAUGUGAUUUUAGAGGAAGUUGUUGAACCCAUUAUGAUUGAAACUAUCGAAAAUACGAUUAUUCUUCAAGACUCGACUGAUAUUGUCUCAAAAAUUACACCUCCUGGUAGUACUCAAAUCAAAUCAAUUAAAAUUACCAACAAAUCAAAAGAAACAUCCUCGCAACCACUAGUACCAAUUGCAGUUACUCGAAGUUUGCAACCAUACCUAGAAACUCCAGUAAAAGAAGAUUUUUGUGGCAUACCAAUUACACCACGACUUAUGAGUCCAACGUCAAUAGCAGAAACACCAAUUACAAAACUACUUAAUGAAAAAACAGAAACAAUGGAUCCGGCACUGAUGCCUACGCCAGGUGGAUUGUCGCUAACACCAUUACUUGCAAUUACACCAAAAAUACAUGAUAAUUAUUCAAGCCCGUUGUCAUAUCAAUCACGACCUACUGAUUAUUCAAGUUGUAGCUCCUAUUAUGUACCAUGUGAAGAUCAGCAUAAUGAAUUGGAGGCAUUAAUUUUAAAUGAUUUUAAGAAAUCAAAUAACGAUACAGAAAAACCUAAUAGUGUAUCGGUAGCUGUUCAGAAUACAGAAGCACCCGGUUCAUCAAGUAAACCUAGUGCAAAUAAUGAUGAAAGUUCAAGUGAUAGUAGUUGUAGCUCCAAUAAUACAAGUUCUUCCGAUUCAUCAUGUUCAAGUAGUUCGAGCAGUGACACCACAUCAAAAUCUGAAAGGGAAGAUAUCACCGUUAUUGAUAAUACUAAGAAAAUUGUAGAAUCUCGUAAAAAUUUAGAUGAUAGUGUAGAACGCGAAGAUGAAAGAAAAAAGAAAGAAUAUGAACGUAUAAGUGUUGAACUAAAUGAAAAAAGAUUGCGAACAAUCAUCAAAUUUAAGCAAGACGCUCUUACUUCAUCAAAAACAGCAAAAUCAAACAAGCUGCCGAAGAACAAUGUUACCGCAAAAAAAUUACCACGACGAAAAUCAAACACACCAAAACAAGUUUCAAAUACUUCAUCCAAAAAGCUAACAAAAACAACGUUGGCUAAACUGUUAGCUGUUACCAAACCACGUCGAUCACGCUCGAAAUUAAAACCCUCAAAUAAUUCACGAUUAAAGAUUAGUCUUAAUGAUAGUACUAAUAAUGACAAUGAUUUCCCAGCUUUGCAUAUUUCUGAAGAUGAAGAAAAAAGUCCGACAAAAGGUAAUGAACCCUCAAAGCCGUCAGUGUCAGCGAUUGAUCAUUAUAUUCAAGAAUCUGAUACAGAGAGUGCAAUAGCUUUAGUCACACAUCUCAAAGAAAGAGGGAUACUUUUAGUACCUAAUAAAAAGAAUAAAUCAUUUGAUUCAAAAACUCCCCCAAAAUCUAAUGAUGAAUCAAAAUUAUUAACUGAAAAUGAAAACCCAACAAAAGAUAAUGAAAACCCAAUGAAAGAUAAUGAAAACCCAACGAAAGAUAAUGAAAAUUCAAUGAAAGGUAAUGAAAACCCAACAAAAGAUAAAGAAACAGUUAAAGAUAAAGAAAAAACGGCUGAUUCACAAGAAAGCAAAUUGAUUGAAACUAACCAGAAUAAUUUAAUUUCAGAUGAUCCAAAUCUUAAAGAUAAUAAAAAUAAUGAUGGUUUAGAAGAAGAUUGUGACAGAGAGUUUAGCAAUGUUAUCUUAGAUAACCAAAUCGAAAUCAUUUUCGAUGAUAAUAAAAGUGUACAAACGGAUAAUAAUGAUUCGAAUUUGGAUUUAAAUUCUAGUUUUGCGAAAUAUGAGGUGGAAUAUGUAAUUGAUGAUGUAACGCGUACGUUUAAAGUUUCGCCAUUUUAUGAUCUUAUAAGUAUGUCUCCACAACCAAUCCCACCAAAAAAACGAAUUAUUCGAAGGGUUACCUCUAAACAAAAAUUACAAAAAGUUGACGAAUCAACGAUUAAAACAAGUAGUCCAAAAUUAAAAUCAUCUAAACGUUACGUUGAUUUUGGUGAUGAAGAAUCAAAUGAUGUAGAUGCAUUUCUAUCAAAAUGUUCCCCAAUUCCAAAAGAAAAAACUAGAUCUAAAGAGUCUUUAAAAUCUAAUGAUUAUGUUGAUUUAAAAAAUUUUGAGUUAGAUAAGAAUAAAAAAGAAGUUCCAAGUAAUUUUACGUUGAUCAAUGAACAUAAAAAUGUCGAUAUAGAAACAAAUAAAACGAGUAAUUUAAAUAAAAAUGAACUUCUGAAUGAAAUUAAUGAAGACAUAAAAGUUAGAAAAUCAGAAAAUGUAACUAAUGAAGACAAAAAAAUCAGACAAGAAUUAAACCAGAAAAAUAAAAAAUUAGCAACAGAUAAUUCAAGUAAAAAGAAUGAAGAAAUGGAUAAGUCUAAGAGUGCUAAAGAAGAAAAUGAAAAGAAUAAAGAUAAAAUUCGAAAGAAAGUCGAUAAAAAAUUAAAAGAUGAUUAUGAAGAAGGAGAGUGUACAAAUAGUGAAGAUGAAAAUGUGAAAGCAAUAAAUGAAAUGGCUGAUAGUAAAAAGAAUAAAUCUUGCAAAACGGAAGGCACAACCAUUGCGAGAAAAAGAAAAGCAUCGUCAGAUACUCCAAUGACUAGUUCUGACACAAAAGCCCAUAAGAAGAUCAAACAAAACAAUCCACAGAAGUUACUGUUGAAUUUGGAUGUUGAUAAGUUUUUAACCAAAGUUCAUGGACCCACUAAAUGAAUAAUUAUUUUGAAAAAAUUGUACCCGGAAGAAACGCGCCAAGCAUUAAGAAAAUAUUUUAGGCAUAAAUCCAGUAUGGUUUUAUUCGUUUUAUUUGUUAUUUUAUUAAGACCUCGCGCCGUAGUAAUUUUAAUUUUUUUGUUUGCUAUUUUAUUAAGUUCUCGCGCCAUAGUAAUUUUAAUUUUGUUGUUUGAUUUUUUUGGCUUUGAGUUUGAUGCGUUC